CUUUUCGACAAGGAGGACUUGCAUCAUGCUGGCCGUGUCCUCUGCCGCCCUGUUCGGCCUCGAGGCCGGCCGUUCUGUGAUGUCGCGCACCUGGGUGAACUUCUCACCGGCGAUGUCGCUCGCGUACAAAAAAGGCGGCGGGUCGUUUGACCGGACUCACGAGUGCGACGAUCAUCACCGUGUCGGCGUGUGCUGUUCUGAUUGCGGCAGCAAGGAUGGCGGCGGCGGCAGCAAGAAUGGCUGAGGCAGCGGAGGAGCGCACCGGCGAAACAGCCCCUGUCCGGUGCGAGCUGGCCGUGCUGGCGUGCAGCCCUCGCAGGGCGCCACUUGACAACGUAGUGCUCGAGGGGCUCGAGGCGUCUCUCCACCUGCCUGCAUCGGUCCUUUGCGGCGGGACCUUCAACGACCUGUGCCGUCUGCUUGGCCGCCGUGCGACGCAGCGCUUCCUCUUCGCGGGGCAUGCCAACGCUCGCUUCGGUUCGGCUCGCCACACCCUUGGUCUCACCACCGCCGACGGACGCCUCGCGCCGCCGCCGCCGUUUGCCAUCGCCGCGCUGCUCGGCCGGCACUCGCCGCGCCACGGCGGCGCCCUCGAGUUUGUCAUGUACAACGGCUGCAAGUCGGAGCGGAUCGCCCUCCUCACCCUCCUCUCGGGCGUCGACUAUGUCUGCUACUGGCGCACGCUCGUCGAGACGACGGCUGCGCGCUUUCUGUGCGCGGCGCUCUUCGAGGCCGUCGCGGCUCGCCGCCAUCGAGCGGGCAGGCCCUGCUACCAGUGGGCGUUCGACGAUGCGUGCGGGGCCCUCGUCGGCGAGCCGCGCCCACGCACGGUGCAAUGGGCCGACGCACCACCCAAUGCUGACCUGCCGAUGCGCUGGGAGAUGCGCGACCCGGAAGAAGGCCCGCAGCUGGGCCGCUAUCCACUUCCCGCAGGAAUCCCCGUGCUGCUCACACCUCGCGACCGGAAGGAGGCCGCCCGCACUCUCCUCCGGGCGGCGAUGCUGCCGCGCAUCGCGCUGCGCGCGUGGGUUUGCCGCGCGCGGGAAAGGCGUGCGCUCCGGAUUCGGACACGGAGCGAGCUGUUGAUGACGCUUGCGCGCCGCCAGAUCCCCCACGACGCGGUGCUCAUCAUCAUGCAAAUGGCAGGUCAGCCGUGAGGAAGCUCCGAGAUCCCCCCCGCUGCGGCGCCGCUAUCAGACAAGCUGAGGCUGAGCGCGGCCCUACAUUAUGCGCUCCCCCCACACCACACAUGCAAAAUAAUGGGGACGAGAGCUUGGCUUUGCCACGCAUGCACGCGCUUGGUUAUGCGCUGCGACGGCGAGCCACCCCGCUGAGCUUGCGCGCACGCAAGCGCUAGUGCAUAGUCUGCUGUACAUGUCUGUGCAGUCUCUGGAGGCGCCGGACACCCAUGUCCUGCGAGGAGGCGCGUAUCUACGUAUCUGGAGGCUCCGCACCCGUGCCCAGUAUUGUGCGAGGGAGUUUUGUUGUAAAAUUCUUCGUGGUCCAAGUCACCGUC